AUGGCAGAGUUUCGCACGGUCAGUAUUGGAGAAACCAAACUCUUUGAACUUAAAAAGGGAAAAACCUACACGUCACCUCAGUUUAACGGGUGUGUCGGAUCAGUGAUUGUCGGGAGGCUGGGCGACAAGUGGCAUCUUAUCAUGGGUCAUUAUGCGUGUCAUGAAGCGAGUAUUGCGGACACAAUGGACAUGGAGCUUGUCGCUGGCCAUCCCGAGAAGUGCCGAAUAGGCAACGCAAGGGCAGCGGCUAACAAAAUCCCAGAGUUGUGGCAAGCGUACCAGCACUUAUUUCACGAGGAUCGUCAGUCAUUCCUCUACCGCCCAGAGAAGACCGACCACGAAGACAUGGUCGGCAAGUUGAAUGAAAUUAUGCACGAUACCACUGGCUUGAGCGCGGAAGAGAAAAUCUACACCGAAGAAACGGCAUCGGAGGGCAAUGCCGCAAUUUCGGUCAAAGUCAAUAUUCUCAAUCAUAUCAAGACCAAGUUUGCUAAAUGA